CCAUUUUCCGAGCUGUUCAAACUUCAAUCAAAUCUUCUUCCUCUCUCUACUCUGUACUCUCUCUCUCUACACUUUCUCUCUCCUCCAAAUGACGUCGGCGGUGCCGGAGAACCUGACCAGAGAGCAGUACGUCUACAUGGCGAAGCUCUCCGAACAAGCCGAGCGGUACGAGGAGAUGGUGAAGUUCAUGGAGAAGCUCGUCGUAGGCACCACCUCCGCCGGCGGCGAGCUCACCGUCGAGGAGCGCAACCUCCUCUCCGUCGCCUACAAGAACGUGAUCGGAUCCCUCCGCGCGGCGUGGCGGAUCGUGUCAUCGAUCGAGCAGAAGGAGGAGUCCCGCAAGAACGAGGAGCACGUGGUGCUGGUGAAGGACUACAGAUCCAAGGUCGAGACGGAGCUCACGGAGGUCUGCGCCGGAAUUCUGAGGCUGUUGGAUGCGCAUCUGAUUCCGACGUCGUUGGCGAGCGAGUCCAAGGUGUUCUAUUUGAAGAUGAAGGGGGAUUACCAUCGGUACCUUGCCGAAUUCAAGGUUGGGGCUGAGAGAAAGGAGGCUGCUGAGGACACUAUGCUCGCCUAUAAGGCUGCUCAGGAUAUUGCUGUUGCUGAUCUUGCGCCAACACACCCCAUAAGGUUGGGACUUGCACUCAACUUCUCAGUGUUCUACUAUGAGAUCCUUAAUGCAUCAGAGAAAGCCUGUGCCAUGGCAAAACAGGCUUUUGAGGAAGCUAUUGCUGAGCUCGACACGCUGGGUGAGGAGUCCUACAAGGACAGCACUCUCAUCAUGCAACUCCUCAGGGACAAUCUCACUCUUUGGACUUCGGAUAUGCAGGAGCAAAUAGAUGAGGUUUGAGCUGACGACCAAUCCGCUCCUUGAGGGGGAGGUGGGCUUGAAUGUCAUAAUUCGUAUGUAAUCUGCAUAUAUUUACCGAACAUGUUUUCAUAUUUUAUAGGCUUGUAUCUCUGAACGUAUUCUGAUUCAAACUUUGACUUGGUUUCCGAAUACUGAUGAUUUCAGUGGCUUCCUUGCGGCCUUCAAUUAGUAUGCAAAAGUUCUAUUCAAA